AUGGAAUCAAACUUAUGGCUGACACCGCUGAAUUCUGGAGAAAAAACCAAGGAUGACUCCACCAAAAAGGACAAGCCUUACAAGAUCUUUUUCAAAGAUCUCUUUCUUUUCAAAGAAAAUGAAAUGGCAGCCAAGAAAAAGGAGAAGCUCCUGAACCACAGCCUGAAGGUGCACCAGAAGUCCACCUUCUCGUCCCGCAUGAAGAGCCGCUCGCACCUGAGCCAGCUGACCUUCUACCGCGACACGAGGGGCCAAUCGCUGGGGAACCUGGGGCUGGACCCCGCCCUGAUUCUCAGGAUGACGGAGGGUUCAGACACAAAAAGGACCGUGCAUGAAUUUAUUAACGACCAGAGAGACAGGUUCCUGCUCGAGUAUUCUCUGUCUACCAAGAGAAACACAAUUAAGAGGUUCGAAAAGCACAUCGUGAGCAAGGAGCUGCAGCUCGCAAAAGCCGAGAAGAAGCUGCAGGACGACGCCCUGGCCUUCGAGGAGUUCUUGCGGGAAAACGACCAGAGAUCCGUGGACGCCCUCAAGACCGCGGCACAGGAAACCAUCAACAAACUGCAGAUGACGGCGGAGCUGAAGAAGGCCAGCGUGGAGGUGCAGGCCGUGAAAAGCGAAAUAGCAAAAACAGAAUUUCUCCUUAAGGAGUACAUGAAAUACGGUUUUUUCCUGCUGAAGUUGUCCCCAAAACAUUGGCAAAUGCAGCAGACACUAAAAGGAGCAAAGGCAUCGAAAAGUAAAACAGAUCCCGACCUUCCAAAAAUACCCUCAAAAUCCUCAUUGCAGUCAAGCAAAAAGGAACGCACCCCUGAGGAGUCCGGGAGGACGUCGGUCCUGGAAGAGCGGCCUCAGGGAAGAGACAGCCAAGGUAGGAGUGGGGAUCGGGAGCCUCACUCCCGAGCAGGCCACGUCACGGACGAGAGUAUCUAUUCCGAAGACAGCCUGGAAUUCUUUCUCGAUGACAAAAUGGACUUUGACCUGGAGCCGGUGCUGUACUUCACGGAGCCGGAGGAGCUACUGCGGGUCCUCGCGGAGCUGGAGGAGCAGAACCUGACCUUGGUGCAGUACUCCCAGGACGUCGACGAAAACCUCGAGGACGUCAACCGGCGAGAAAGGGCGAUCCAGGACAAAAUAAGCAGCAACAUCGACUUCCUUCUGGAGUACAAGCGGAUGCUGCAGGACAACUGCGCGCGGGAGGAGGAGAAGGCGGCCGAGCUGGAGCUGCGGUCCCGGCUGUUCAGCUUCGGGGCGUUCAACUCAGACGCGCAGGAGAAGCUGAUUGACUCGCUGAGCAAGAAGAUCAACCAGGUGUACAGGGUCUGCAUUGGCGACGCCGAGGUGGGCAACCUCAACCCGGUGCAGAAGCUGGUCAAGGUGGAGUCACGCCUCGUGGAGCUAAGCGACCUCAUCGAGUCCGUGCCCAGGGAGAACGUGGAGGCCAUCGAGCGCCUGAAGCACAAGGAGCGGCGGCAACGGUUGCGUGACGAGAAAAUGAAAGAGAAACAGAAACACCAGGAGGAAAGGCUGAAGGCGGCUCUGGAGAGAGCCGUGGCCCAGCCCAAGAAAAAGAUGGGAAGACGACUUGUCUACCGUUCAAAACCCCCAUCCGGGAACAGACACAGGCUGCUUCUAGUCAGUGACACAAGAACAAAAACACUAGAGGAAGAGUAUUUCUUCACUUGA